AUGAAGCUGAAACUACCAAACCCGGGGCUGGAGGACCGGAUCCCCAGUCUCAUGGAGCUGGAGAAGCUGGAUAAGGAGGAGGCCGGAGACAGACCCAAAUGGGACAACAAGGCGCAGUACCUGCUCACCUGUGUGGGCUUCUGCGUGGGGCUGGGCAACGUGUGGAGGUUCCCUUACCUGUGCCAGAGCCACGGAGGAGGUGCCUUCAUGAUCCCCUUCCUGAUCCUGCUGGUUCUGGAGGGGAUCCCACUGCUGCACCUGGAGUUUGCCAUCGGUCAGCGCCUGAGGAAGGGCAACGUGGGCGUGUGGAGGACAAUCAACCCUUACCUGGCGGGGGUCGGUAUUUCAGCCUUGCUGGUCUCCUUCCUGGUGGGGAUGUACUACAACACCAUCAUGGCGUGGAUCAUGUGGUAUCUCUUCAACUCCUUCCAGGAUCCUCUGCCGUGGAGCCAGUGUCCCCUCAACGCAAACAGCACAGGUCCCGUGGACGAAUGUGCUCGCAGCAGCACGGUGGACUACUUCUGGUACCGAGAGACCCUCAACACGUCGACGAACAUAGGCGACAGCGGAGGUCUGCAGUGGUGGAUGGUGCUCUCCUUGGUGUCCGCCUGGACCGUGCUCUACGUCUGCUGCAUCCGCGGGAUCGAGACCUCGGGCAAGGCCGUGUACGUCACAUCCACUCUGCCGUACGUGGUCCUGACCAUCUUCCUCAUCCGAGGGCUGACUCUCAAAGGCUCCCUGGAAGGAAUCAAGUUCCUUUUCACGCCAGAUGUGGCGGAGCUAAUGAACCCCGCGACCUGGUUGGAUGCGGGCGCUCAGGUCUUCUACUCCUUCUCUUUGGCCUUCGGAGGCCUCAUCUCCUUCUCCAGCUACAACUCCAUCCACAAUAACUGCGAGCAGGACGCCGUUCUCAUCUCCAUCAUCAACGGGUGCACGUCCGUCUUCUCCGCCACCGUCAUCUACUCCAUCAUCGGCUUCAGGGCCACGGAAAAGUACGACGAUUGCCUCGCAGGCAACAUAUUGACGCUGAUAAACGCCUUCAACCUGCCUGAGGACAACAUCACGGGGAGCAACUAUGACCACAUGCUGGGCUAUCUCAACCAAACAAAUCCAGAAGUCUUCCAAGAUCUGCCCAUACAAAAGUGCGACAUGCAGUUCUUCCUCAGCCAGGGCGUGGAGGGCACGGGCUUGGCCUUCAUCGUCUUCACCGAGGCCAUCAUCAAGAUGCCCGUCUCGCCCAUCUGGGCCGUGCUCUUCUUCAUCAUGCUCUUCUGCCUGGGCCUGUCCACCAUGUUUGGGAACGUGGAGGGCGUGGUGGUGCCGCUGCAGGACCUGGGAGUGCUCCCCAAAACGUGGCCCAAAGAGCUGUUCUGUGGGGUGACGUGUUUUAUCUCCUUCUCCUUCGGGCUCAUAUUCACCAUGCGCUCUGGGAACUACUGGCUGGCUCUUUUCGACAACUUUGCCGGUUCUAUUCCUCUUCUGGUCAUCGGACUCUCUGAGAUGGUGGCUGUUAUGUACAUUUAUGGCGUAGAUAAGUUUAACGAGGACAUCGAGUUUAUGAUCGGCCACAAGCCUAACAUCUUCUGGCAGGUGACGUGGAGGGUGGUGAGCCCCCUCAUCAUGGUCAUCAUCCUGGUCUUUUACUUCGUGACGCAGGUCACCAAGACGCUCACCUAUCUGACUUGGAACCCUGAGUCGGAAAUCUUCCCUACCCUUGAGCCGCAACCGUACCCUACCUGGGUGUACGCCAUCAUUUUUCUCCUCGCCGGCAUUCCAAGUUUGGCGAUCCCAGCGGUGGCUCUCUUCAAAUUCUUCCAGAGGAGAUGCUGCAAGCGGAAGGGCCACGACAAAGACGACACGGUCAAGACCGUCUCGGCCGAAAUCCAAAUGAAGUAUUAACCAGAUUUCCAGUCCUCCAGGUUGAAUGGAGACAACUGGACUCUUCUUGUCGGGCGAAGACAUUACGUCCAAACGGCUUCUUCAGGUGUGGACUUUUCCUAUUUAUGUAUUUAAACUUACACACUAAAAAAUGCUGGGUUAUUUUGGUAACCCAAUUUAUGAGUUGCGAGUGUUGGGUUAAAUUUUGGAGUUAUUUUUACGAAGA